AUGGAUUGGUAUAAUAACAGAUCUAGACGAAGUUCAAUAACAACAGGUCAACCCACCCAAUCAAACCCAGCAUUUCAUGGAAUUAUCAAUUCUAAUAAUAGUACCACCGCAUCAAGUUCAUUAUCUUCUUCAUCCAAUUCGUAUUCCUCCUCGUCCAUGAUUAAUCCAAAUAAGUAUCCCACGCAACAGCAACAACAGCAGCAGCACGGUAAUAUUCCAUCGCCCCUUAAUCUAUCGUCGCAACAAACUAUGGGUCGUAACUUGAGUCCGGUGUCUCAAACAAACUCGCCUAUUGUGACAAUUCCUCCAACACCAUUAGAGAGGAACUCGUAUUAUUUUAGUGAGUUCCCACUUUAUGCAUGUGAUUGGACUUGUUUAAACAAUGGACAAAUGGAUUGUAUUGCAGUGGGUUCAUACAAGGAAACAUUUGCCAAUAAACUAGAAAUCGUCCAUGGCAGUAACUAUGAAAAUGAAUUUAAUAUGGAGAAUUCACUUAGUCCUGGCACAGACAAUUCGUUCAAUUAUAAUAACAAAAACAACACUAAUGCAUACUAUGAAGAUGAAGAGAUAGCGUCUCGUGAUGAAGGGUUCUGUUUCCAAAAAGUUUGUGAUGUCACUUUGGAUUAUCCAAUCACUCAUUUACAAUGGGAUCCACUGAUGUUACUGUACGGUUCAAGCGGUGUUGAAAGAUUAGCUACAUCUAGUGAAGUGUUACGGUUGUAUAAAGUUGCUAAUAACGGUAAUGAUUCUUAUUCAUUGCAACAGACUCAUGUGUUGGCUAAUAAUACUGCUAGCUGUUCGAGUACUUCUUCCAACAGCAACAAUUCAUCAGGAUCCAGCAGUGCUCGAACUAUUGAAGAUGUAAACACAUUCCCUCCCGUGACAUCGUUUGACUGGAAUAAGACUGAUCCAAAUGUACUAAUAACCUCGAGUGUGGAUACAACAUGCACAGUGUGGGAUUUGCACCGAUCACCCGGCAGAACAGCAAUCAAUGAAGAAAUGCUAGAUACGGCGACGGUCAAGACGCAAUUGAUUGCUCAUGAUUCAGAAGUGUUUGAUGUCAAGUUUUUACACAAGUCAACUAAUGUAUUUGCAUCAGUGGGGAAUGAUGGAUCAAUGAGAGUGUUUGAUUUACGAUCAUUGGAACAUUCAACCAUUAUAUACGAACCGUCUCCGUCGGCCUCUUCAUCUGCAACAGCAUCGGCAUCAGCAUCAACGUCAGCAGCAAACCACUCCUUGUCAGCAACUUUCAAUUCAAAGGCUUUGUUAACAUUAAGUACGUCGAAUGUCGAUCAACAUCAUCUAGCAGCUGUUGGUGUCAACUCUAAUCAAAUUAUUAUCAUUGAUAUGAGAAUGCCAGGAUUACCCGUUGUGAUAAUUGAUGCUUCAUUAGGUGGGAUGAAUAAUUCUCUGAUCAAUCUGAUAAAAUGGCAUCCAACAUCAAACUAUUUACUUAGUGGUGGUGAUGAUUGUCAGGCAUUGGUAUGGGACAUCAACAAUUUGUCAAAUGCAACGAACGGAAGCACGAAUGGAAGUAAUCAUUCAGGUAGGAUUAUUGAUACACCUGUAUUGGCAUAUUCAGAAGACUUGGAAAUCAAUAACGUGUGUUGGAGACAGAACCAAGGGGAUUGGAUGGGUGUUGUUAGUGGGAAAGGUUUCCAAGCAGUUCUGAUAUGA